UAUAAGGGUUGCCUUGGUGUUGGUGUCUCUUCAGCAGUAGAACAGGGACCAAGACACGCUCUUGUAGGGGGCGAGGUCAAUUGAUAAAUAACCAGACCAGCUCUGUUCAAAAGAUUUUAAUAAUUGGGGGAAGACUUACAUGACCAAGGAUCCUGAGAACGCCAGGAGUGCAGGAAACCAAAGAGAGCGAAAACAAACGCACACCACGGGUGUUUUAAAGGGAGAGGACACGCCCCUCCCCCCGGAGGGCCAUGCCCCUCAAACAAGGGGAUUGGUGAGCUCCCCAUCACACUCUUCUCCUGCCAACACUUCAUCCAUUGGAUGGAGUCGCGCAGCCACGGCACACUGGAGCUUUCAGGAGUUGUGGCUCCAGGGAGCCAACUCGGGUCCUCAUUCAGGCUUGGUGGCAAGUGUUUUUACCUGCUGAGCAGCUUACUGGCUUCAAUAUCAUUUAUUUUAAAACAUAUUUAAAUUAUUAUGGGACAAAAGGAAGAAACUAACAUAGAUUACCGAAGUCAUAGCCCAAGAGAAGCUCAGCGGGUACCUUGAUCUGUCCUGUCUGGUAUCCUGAAAGGUAUUUCAUCUUCAGAUGCUUCUGUCAGUAGACUGUUGGAAGUUGCUGUAGAAUUGUCCUCACUUAAAGAGGCCCAGAGAAUACCUGUAUUUCCUCAUAAGCUAGGCUGUGUUUUUGCAAUGCUUAGAUGAUACUUAGAAUGGACAGUGAUGUGUUCUGAUGUGUCAAGUUAACCCGUGUGAGUGGUGUGCAGAGGGUGUUACAAAUUUGUAGAUGGCGUCUUAAGACUGUUAGUUUACUCCAAAGACUUGAUUGUACCUUUGUUUCUUUUUGAGACAGGGCUUUUCUGUGUAGCCCUGACUGUCUUCCAACUCUGUAGACCAGGCUUGCCUCAAACUCAGAGACCCACCUGCCUCUGCCUCCCAAGUGCUGAGAUCAAAGGCGUGCGCCACCACACCUGUCUUAGACUUGAUCAUACCUUACUAAUGGUGCCAGCGUGCCAAAAAAAAGUGUUAACAGAAAGAGAAAGAAAGGCCAGAGUAGGAAGGAAACAUCUGUAGAAAGGAAUGAUCAGUUUGAGAAGAGAGAGGUGUCCCUGUAUCUGCAGUACUGUCCAGAGAAGGGCUGCCUUGGCAAGAGCCAUGUGUGCCGUCUGUGCAUCUGGUAACUCAGGGCUGACGUCGUUGAUGUCACUCACUGCUUUGUGUUCACAUUGUCCGGUCAUUUGAGCUGAUUAUAGGCCUCCCAGCAACUCUCUGUGACUGUAACUUCUUCUCAACCGUAAGAGAGGGCUCUGCCCAGAGUUUCUUGUCUAUUACCUGGGACUAUAUUAGUUGUCUUUUUACAAUUACCAAAACAGAUUUGGGUUUACACAUUAAAAGGAUAAAACCAACAGCAACUGUUUUGUAAAAUAUUAACACAAUAAUUGCUGAUUAGUAGGGAAUAUACUAAAAAGUAGCCAGAAGCAAUUUCUACACCAUGUAGCUUUUCAGUGGGUCUUUAUUUGAAACAAAACAUCACCCAGAAAGGCAUGAUGGAGUGAAUGGAAAGCCACAGUGAGCUGGGAAAGUAAGAGCAGAUGUGUCAAGAAAGCUAAGUUGAGAUUGCCACAUGCCUCAGAGGCUUUGUAAAGAAUUUGUACUUUAUCAUGUGAUCUUAGAGGAAUCACAAGAGUGGGGGUGUGUGCACGUGUGUGAGUGAGGGUGUGUGUGUGUUUGGUGCUGGUGAAGGAGUCUACAGACUCACUUAUGUCAAGUAAGCACUGUAUCUGUCUUAGGGGAGAACUGUCAGGAGACUUAUGUGAACAGGUUUGACAGCUUUGCUUCUGGGCAGAUGUAGGAAGCAAAAUGCAGGCUUCAUGGGGACAGAGGUUGAAUCUGUUUGUUGUUUUUAUUGAGGUUUCAGACGAGCUCCUGCCCACAGGACCGCUCUGGAGCUAAGGUAGACCAUAUAUGUGAGGCGGCCUCUUCCCUCCCAUUGUGACUGCCCUGGAUGGUUCUGGUCACAGGACGUGUGGUCAGACAAAUUUAUAAGGGCAGUUCCUUGAGAGCAGAGCUCUGCUUUUAGAAAUAGAGACCCAUCAAGCAUUUGCAAUUUGUUCAUACAUUGUGCUUUUACAAAUUCUACCCCUUGGUGGCGCUAAGAAACCGUUUUCCUGCACAGAAGAUGUCACUGAUGGCUGAUCCCAGAAAGGUGCUUGCUAUGCAAACCUGGGCAGAGGUGGAAGGAGAGAAGUGACUCCAGAUUUGUUCUUUGACCUCAGCACACACACUGUGGUGCGUGUGCUCCCGCCCAUCACACACAGUCACUGGUUUAUCCACAGAGAGCGCUGCUGUUUGCUGAGGCUCCAUGUCUUUACAGUUUCCUGUUCCAAAGAUGUCUCUCCCUGGCUCUUCUUCACUCAGUGUUUUGUUUACACCUAGACUUCAGUUUAACUCUUGUUUCUUUUCAGUCAUUAAAGAGAAUGGUGGUGUCUCAUUGUUCUGUAUCCUGUGUCUUCAUAAACCUGGUACAGUUGUCUGUCUCUUGGGCUCAUACUACAUCAUCUUUUCCUAUGCUGACAUCAAAGUGCUUGAAGAUGAAUUUGAUGAGCUCAUAGUAGAUGUGGCAACAAAGCGUAGGCAGUAUCCUAGAAGGAUCCUCGAGAGUGUCAUCAAGACCUUGAAAGCACAGCACGAGAGUCUGAAGCAGUAUCGUCCUGUUGUACAUCCCUUGGACCUGCGAUGCGACCCGGACCCAGCUUCUCAUGUGGAAAAUUUGAAAAGCCGUGGGGACGCCAUAGCUAAGAAAAUCAGUGACGCCAUGAAGGCUUUGCCUGCGUUAAUUGAACAAGGAGACAGCUUUUCCCAGGUCUUGAAGAUGCAGCCUGUCAUCCAGCUACAGAGGAUCAAUCAGGAAGUCUUCUCCAGCUGUUAUAGGAGCUCCGAUACCAAGCCCGACAAGUCUGUAGAUCAAAUAGAAACCACGCCGACCGAGACUGCAGCCAGGAAAGCCUCGAACAUUGUGCUAAAGAGAAAGCAUGCCCCAUCGGACCGCUCUCAGAGAAAGUGCUACCCGCUGCGGCUGAAGAGGAUCAAUCUCGACGGAUGAGCUGUGGGUUGGGGAGUUGAAGUCAAUGCUCUCAGCGUCUGGGUCACAGUCUGCUGCACGGGGGACGUGACUUAAACUGCCUGUGACUUUGCAGGCACAGUGCACCACUCUGCUUGUCCUGGGCUGUGGCGGGUUCUCUACGCCCUUGAUCUCCUUCUGCGCUAGGUCCUCAGAUGCCAUCGGUCCCUGCAGCCUUGUAGCUGCUGAGGCCUCGCAGGAGUGUGCUCUGAUGCCCUAGGGUGGUUCUGCACGGCAGCGUGUGCAUGGCUAGCUCAGUUCAUCGGGUGAGCACACCGAAGACAGGCCUGGCCUUGGCUCUGUUCCAUGGGCAGUUAAUUUAUAGUUUUAGGGUUGUGUGAGAUAAAGGUGAAGGCUAUUGUUUAUUCAGGGAAGAUUCUUAAAAAGUAAACCUGAGGCUAGAGCCUCUGUUUCUUGCCUACACUUUCAUGUCCGUAGGUUUUUUAAUAUAACUUGACUGGGAACUGAUAGUUUCUUUUAAAGUCCUCAUUUCCAAAUAGAUUCUUCCAGUUCAAAGCAUACAUUAGGAUUGCUUGUCAUGCCAUGUACAGCAGAUCUAGGCAGAGUGAGCUACCCCUGUUAAGGGCGUUGAUAUCUGACAUAGUGUCACACUUAAAAGGGUCUCAGCAAACUUACACUCUGAGAUUUAGCCACAGCCUCUCAGAGCCUGCAUUGUGUCUCACAAGGUGCAUUGUAGAUAGGGCCUCUAGCUUACCACCUGUUUUCUUUUUGGCGAUUAUACACUUUUGUUCAUUUCCAGAGGAAUGUACUAAGGGCUUGGAAAUUCUGUAUUACUCUUGCUUGGUAUGUCCUCAUGAUCAUACACAUCUAGGUUUGUCUGGUUUUCUCAUUUGAAAAGGCCUUAUGGUGAGGCCAUUUAUGGAAUCUUUAGAUUCUGUUUUAGUGUUUCUACAGAGCAAUGUUUUGAUUUGGUUUUGUGUUUUAAAAUAACAUAUAAAGACCAAAUUCCUGGCUUGUGCUCUCUCCAGCUAACAAAGCAUUCUUGGUGCCAGCCUGAGCCGGACAGCAGGUCGGCACUCCGCGUUUCUGAGUGAACUGGCCUUUGCCUGAGAAUCACUUGGCAACUUCAGGAGGUGGCUGUUGUUCUGUGAUUGAUCUCACUUCAGAAGUUCCCAAGCAGGCAAGGCCGGGCCACCAGGCUGUGAGGCAAUGCGGUGGGUUUCCGUUGGGCAAGUGUUGUAGGACCCAUUGGGAGCAUGAGCUUGGAGGCGUCCCGCUGGGUGGUCCUCAGGAUCCGAGGUGGCACCAAGAGGAGUUUUGAGUGAUUCGCAAAUGUCUGGCAUGAAUGUGGCUCGACCUUGGAGAGAUGACUGGGGCCUGCGAACAACAGUUCUCAGUGGAGGCUUGUCUUCCAAGGGGGCCUUUGUCAAGGCCAAGGUGCUUCUGCCUACUGUAACUUAAGAUGUUUGAGUGUGUGUGUCGGGAGAGGGGGUACUGCUGUCAUCAGUGAGCAGACACUGCACAUGCCCUGGAUGGCAGAUGCCCAGACCAGUGAUCCUGAGGCAGAGAAGCCUGUUGAGGGGAGAGCAGCAGCGUAAGGUGGUGCGGCUGUUGUGCCAUUCCAACCCAUCUGGGAAGCGCUAUCUGUACUGGUGUGUGACUGUUGUGGCAUUCUGCCUGUUUAUACCCUGUGUGUGUGUCCCCGCCAGCCUGGGCUGCCUGGCAAUACCGUGUGUGUGUGUGUGUGUGUGUGUGUGUGUCCAUCCAUCAGUCUGGGCUG